AAAAUAUUUGGAGAGGAAAAUGGAAAUAAAGAUGGAAGAUGAUAAUAUAACAGAACUCCAUGAAGCAUCAGAAAAAGGGUGUAUGGUCACGUUGCACAGAUUGAUCCAGAAAGAUCCACACAUCCUUCAUAAAAUUUCAUUGACCCCUUUCAAUGAAACUCCAUUACACAUAUCAGCUUUGCUUGGCCACGUUGAUUUUACUAGAGCUCUUCUAGCUCUAAAACCUCAAUUGGCUAUGGAUUUGGACUUCCAUAAACGUUGUCCACUUCACUUGGCUUCUGCUAAUGGUCAUGUAGAAAUCGUCCAUGCACUGUUACGUGCAAAUGAAGAUGCAUGUCUGGUUUGUGAUCAAGAUGGAAGAACUCCUCUUCACUAUGCGGCCAUGAGAGGAAAAGUUGAGAUUGUGAAGGCAUUGAUCUUUGCAAAGCAUGAUUUAACUCGAGUUGUAUUUGAUGGGGGAGAGACUGUUUUGCACUUAUGUGUUAAGUAUAACCAAUUGGAGACUCUGAAACUAUUGGAGGAAACCGUGAAAGAUGACGGGGAAUUUCUUAAUUCCAAAGACCAUGACGGUGGCAACACUAUCUUGCAUAUAGCGGUGAUGCUAAAGCAAAUUGAGAUCGUAAAAUUCUUGCUUUCGGUUUCCAAAGUGAAAGAAGAAGCAAAUGCUCUAAAUUGGAUGGGUUUUACAGCUUUAGAUGUCUUAGAGCGUAGUCCAAAAGAUUUCAAACGAUUCACCCUUCAAAACAUUUUAAUGGAUGCUGGUGUUGAAAGAGCAAAUAACCAAAAUAAUCUUCCCCCACCAUCAGCAAACAUGAUUGGUCACCAUGAAUCAGGGAAACCAACACAAUUAAGCAAGCAAAGGUCCUUGAAACAUAAGAGUAAUUGGAUACAAGAGCUGCGUGGUGCAUUAAUGGUGGUGGCCACUGUGAUUGCAACGAUGACUUACCAACCUGCGCUCAGUCCCCCCAAUGGAGUUUGGCUAACUCAGGCAUGCCGCAAUACAACAUGUGACGCUAGAACUUGGGUGUUAGACUUCCAUGUCAAUUAUCAACACUUGUUCCUUUCUUUCUUAGUAAGCAACUCCAUUACCUUUACUGCAUCUCUCAGUGUCAUCUUUUUGCUUAUUAGUGGAUUUCCUCUUAAGAAUAUAUUUUUUAUGGUCAUCUUGACACUUGCCAUGUGUACCACUCUCAUAUCCUUGGGCAUUACCUAUGUACUGGCAUUCAUCUUGAUGAUCCCAGAAAAGGUUAGACAAGAACUUAGGCAAUUGACGCUCUUACCAAUUAUUGCUUUGAAUGAUCUUCAAGUUCAUCCUGAGAUGUGCAAAGGCGUUAAUUUGUUGAACGAACCAGAAUGGAUGGAAUCGUCUCUAAGAUGGGAGACUGCGGUUGCUAUUAGUAAGUGGAUGAAAUUGUAA